GAAAGCUUCCUGUUCACCACGAUGGCUGCUAACACCAGCUUUGUUUACACGCCUAUGAUAUCACCGGUAAUAGACAAAACCAUCAACAUCAUUUUGAUCAUCACCUUAACCAUCACCAUGAUUUCACUGGGAUGCACCAUGGAGGUGUCCAAGAUCAAGCAUCACAUAUUGAAACCUAAGGGGGUGGCGAUAGCAGCACUGGCCCAGUAUGGUGUCAUGCCCCUUACAGCCUUUUGCUUAGCUAAGGCGUUCCAGCUGCCUGAAAUCACAGCUGUAGUGGUUCUGAUCUGUGGCUGCUGUCCUGGAGGAAGCCUCUCCAACAUCCUGGCUCUGGCUCUGCAGGGAGACAUGAACCUCAGCAUUGUGAUGACUUGCUCGUCCACUGUGAUGGCUCUGGGCAUGAUGCCUCUGCUGCUCUACCUCUACUGUCAGGGCUUCAAUGACGUGCAGAACUACGUGCCCUACGUUGACAUCAUUAUAGCGCUGUUCAUGAUCCUCAUUCCCUGCGCCGCAGGCAUCCUCAUCAACUACUACAGGCCGCAGUACGCCAAGAUCAUCAAGAAGGUUGGCCUCACUAUGCUGACGAUUGCUGUUGUGGUGGUCGGCAUCCUCUCCAGCAUUGGAAUCGGAGGCUCCAUCCUCACUGUGCUGUCCCCUCCCCUCAUGGCCAUCGGUUUACUCAUGCCCUUCAUAGGCUACACCUUCGGAUACAUCAUCUCCUCUCUCUUCAAGCUCAACCAAUCGGAGCGGAGGACGGUUGCUAUGGAAACGGGCUGUCAGAACAUCCAGCUGUGCUCCACCAUCCUGAAGGUGGCCUUUCCUCCGGCGAUGAUCGGCCCUCUGUUCCUGUUCCCCCUGGUGUACGCGUCCUUCCAGCUGCUGGAGGCGAUGGUCCUCAUCGCGCUGUUCAGGUGUCACCAAUGGAUCACACUCAGGAAGAAAGAGAAAUACCAGCCGGCAAACACUGAAAAUAAGCUGAGAGCACCCUCUGGGGAGACGAAUGUAUGAUGGAUGGAUCUCAAAUGCAUCCCAAUUUGUUUCUACCAAUGUGAACUCUUGCUGAGCCCGAUGGAGACCAGACUGCAGUUUGCUGAAAGAGCUCCUGCACUACGUGAAACAGGAAAA